AUGCUUAUUCUUGAUUCGGCACGAAUAACGGAUCUACCUGGGAAUGCAUUUUAUAUUCCCAACUUCAUCACACCUGAGGAGGAGGAGAGGAUUUUGAAUAAGAUAAACUCGGCUCCCCUUCCACGAUGGACCCAGCUCUCUCAUCGAAGACUACAAACGUGGCCAUCUGCAUUGACCAAAUCAAAUACAUUGCUGGCUGCACCUCUACCAGACUGGUUGCAUGAGCCUAUCAUCCAUCCUCGACUUGAGAGUCUGGGCUGUUUCGCUGAUGCGCCUCACCAAGCACCCAAUCAUGUUUUGGUAAACGAGUAUCGUCCUGGCCAGGGCAUCAUGCCGCAUGAAGAUGGGCCAGCGUACUAUCCGCUCGUAGCGACUGUCAGUUUAGCAGGUUCGAUAGUUCUAGAUCUCUACGAGAAAAAGGAACAGGAAGGAGGGAUUCAUGAUCAAGAUACGGCACCUAGCUUUCGGAUCUUGCAAGAGCCUCGGAGCUUGUUGAUUACAACCGGAAGCUUAUAUUCGCAGUAUCUGCAUGGGAUUGCGGACCGUCUGACGGACGAGAAUUUGACCCCAGAGGCCAUCUGUAACUGGGAUUUCCUUGGGGAACCAGAGUCUUAUAGUGCAACAAGGAGUUAUGAGAGACAGACGAGAAUAAGUCUCACCUACCGCGAUGUGCUCAAAGUAGCAAAAUUAGGGAAUUCGGUCAAAUUCCUGAACCGAGGACGAUGA